GUGGAAAGAAAACCAGCCAGUAUGGAUAUCUAUGACACGCAGACCUUGGGCGUUGUGGUCUUUGGUGGCUUCAUGGUAGUGUCUGCCAUUGGCAUCUUCCUGGUGUCCACUUUCUCCAUGAAGGAGACAUCGUAUGAAGAGGCCCUCGCUAACCAGCGCAAAGAGAUGGCAAAAACUUACUACCAGAAAGUGGAGAAGAAAAAGAAGGAGAAGACUGUGGAGAAGAAAGGAAAGACCAAGAAAAAGGAUGAGAAACCAAAUGGGAAGAUUCCUGAUCAAGACCUGGGCCCCAGUGUCACCGUCCUCCUCAAAGAACCAACACGCACUCCUGCCAUGGCUGUGGCCCCAACUCCCAUCCAGGCUCCCCUGGUCUUUACCCCCGUUGCUGCAGUACCAGCCAUGCCCCAGGAGAAGCCAGCCUCCUCCCCGAAGGACAAAAAGAAGAAGGAGAAAAAAGUGGCUAAAGUGGAACCAGCAGUCAGCUCUGUAGUGAAUUCCAUCCAGGUUCUGGCCUCAAAGUCAGCCAUCUUGGAAGCCACUCCCAAGGAGGUGCCAAUGGUGGCUGUGCCCCCAGUGGGUGCCAAGACCAGUGCCCCAGCCAUCAGCGUGGCUCAGGGAAAGAAGACGGAGGGGGCCCAAAACCAGGGCAGAAAGGGGGAGGGCACCCCAAGCCAGGGCAAGAAAGCUGAGGGUGCCCAGAACCAGGGUAAGAAGGCUGAGGGUGCCCAGAACCAGGGUAAGAAGGGAGAGGGAAACCAGAACCAGGCCAAGAAAGGGGAGGGGAACCAGAACCAGGCCAAGAAGGGGGAGGGGAACCAGAACCAGGCCAAGAAGGGGGAGGGGAACCAGAACCAGGCCAAGAAGGGGGAGGGGAACCAGAACCAGGCCAAGAAGGGGGAGAACCAAAACCAGGCUAAGAAGGGGGAGGAGAAACAGAGCCAGGGCAAGAAGGGGGAGGGAAACCAGAACCAGGGUAAAAAGGUAGAAGGGGCCCAGAACCAGGGUAAGAAGGGGGAAGGGAAACAGAACCAGGGAAAGAAGGGGGAGGGAGCCCAGAACCAGGGUAAGAAGGGGGAGGAGAACCAGAACCAGGGAAAGAAGGGGGAGGGAGCCCAGAACCAGGGUAAGAAGGGGGAGGGGGCCCAGAACCAGGGUAAGAAGGGGGAGGGGAACCAGAACCAGGGUAAGAAGCGGGAGGGAAACCAGAACCAGGCUAAGAAGGAAGAAGAGAAUCAGAACCAGUCUAAGAAGGGGGAGGGGAAUCAGAACCAGGGCAAGAAGGGGGAGGGGAACCAGAACCAGGCUAAGAAAGGGGAGGUGAACCAGAACCAGGCUAAGAAAGGGGAGGGGAACCAGAACCAGGCUAAGAAAGGGGAGGGGAACCAGAACCAGGCUAAGAAAGGGGAGGGGAACCAGAACCAGGCUAAGAAAGGGGAGGGAAACCAGAACCAGGCUAAGAAGGGGGAGGGGAAUCAGAACCAGGCUAAGAAGGGGGAGGGGAACCAGAACCAGGCUAAGAAGGGGGAGGGGAACCAGAACCAGGGCAAAAAAGGAGAGGUGAACCAGGACCAAAGCAAAAAAGGAGAUAGUGCCCACAACCAGGGCAAGAAGGGGGAGGGGAACCAGAACCAGGCCAAGAAGGGGGAGGGGAACCAGAAUCAGGCCAAGAAGGGGGAUGGUGGCCAGAACCAGGGCAAGAAGGGGGAGGGGAACCAGAAUCAGGCCAAGAAGGUGGAUGGUGGCCAGAACCAGGGCAAAAAAGCAGAGGGGGUUCAGAACCAGGGCAAAAAAGUGGAGGGUACCCCAAACCAGAACAAGAAAGGAGAGGGUGCCCAGAACCAGGGCAAAAAAGGGGAAGGAGCUCCUACCCAGGGCAAAAAGGGAGAGGGAGCCCCCAGCCAAGGCAAAAAGGCAGAUUCUGUUGCUAAUCAGAGCACAAAGGCAGAGGGUGGCACAAAUCAGGGAAAGAAAGCAGAUGGAGCCCCCAAUCGAGGCAAAAAGGCAGAGGAAACUCCCAACCAGGGCAGAAAGGCAGAUGCAGGUGCCAGGCAGGGGAAGAAGCCUGAGAUAGCUCCUGUCCAGGGUAAGAGUACAGAUGCAGUCCAGAACCAGGAGGCACCCAAGCAGGAGGCUCCUGCAAAGAAGAAGUCUGGUUCCAAGAAAAAGAGUGAGCCUGGGCCCCUUGAUGCUAAUAGCCCUCUCUACGUGCCCUACAAGACACUGGUCUCUAUGGUCGGAAGCAUGGCAUUCAACGAGGGUGAGGCCCAGCGGCUCAUCGAGAUCCUGUCUGAGAAGGCUGGUGUCAUCCAGGACACCUGGCACAAGGCCACUCAGAAGGGUGACCCUGUGGUGAUUCUGAAACGUCAGCUGGAAGAGAAGGAAAAACUGCUGGCCACAGAGCAAGAGGAUGCAGCUGUGGCCAAGAGCAAACUAAGGGAACUCAACAAGGAGAUGGCUGCAGAGAAGGCCAAGGCUGCCGCUGGGGAGGCCAAGGUGAAGAAGCAGCUGGUGGCGCGGGAGCAGGAGAUUGCGGCGGUGCAGGCGCGCAUGCAGGCCAGCUACCGAGAGCACGUGAAGGAGGUGCAGCAGCUACAGGGCAAGAUCCGGACUCUGCAGGAGCAGCUGGAGAACGGCCCCAACACUCAGCUGGCUCGCCUGCAGCAGGAGAACUCCAUCCUGCGGGAUGCCCUGAACCAGGCCACCAGCCAGAUGGAGAGCAAGCAGAAUGCAGAGCUGGCGAAGCUGCGGCAGGAGCUGGGCAAGACCAGCAAGGAGCUGGCGGAGAAGGUGGAGGUGUCCCGGCAGGAGGAGCAGCAGCGCAAGGCUCUGGAAGCUAAGGCGGCCGCUUUUGAGAAGCAGGUGCUGCAGCUGCAGGUGUCCUACAAGGAGAGUGAGGAGGCCCUGCAGAAGCAUCUGGACGAGCUUAGCCGGGAGCUGUGCCGCACUCAGAGUAGCCAUGCCAGCCUGCGCGCUGAUGCUGAGAAGGCCCAGGAGCAGCAGCAGCGGCUGGCAGAGCUGCACGGUAAGCUGCAGUCCUCUGAGGCGGAGGUGAAGAGCAAGUGUGAGGAGCUGCGGGGGCUCCAUGGGCAGCUCCAGGAGGCCCGAGCGGAGAACACCCAGUUGGCUGAGCGCAUGCGUUCCAUUGAGGCCCUGCUGGAGGCAGGCCAGACCCGAGACACCCAGGCCAGCCGAGCUGAGGCCGAGCAGCAGCAGUCACGCCUCAAGGAGCUGGAGUCGCAGGUGUCGUGUCUGGAGAAGGAGGCCACUGAGCUCAAGGAGGCCAUGGAGCAGCAGAAAGGGAAGAAUAAUGACCUCCGGGAGAAGAACUGGAAGGCCAUGGAGGCGCUGGCCUUGGCCGAGAGGACCUGUGCGGAGAAGCUGCAAACCCUGACGCAGGCCAAGGAGGACUCAGAGAAGCAGCUUCGUCUGACCAAGGCACAGACCAGAGAGGCCCUGCAGGCCCUGCUCCCAGAACUCUCUGCCUCGGUGCACCAGAGCUAUGCUGAGUGGCUGCAGGAGCUCAGAGUGAGGGGUCCCGAGCUGCUGAAGAUAUCGUCGGCCACCACAGAGCCCUCUCAGGACGUGGCCUCCAAGCUGCGGGAGGCUGAGGAGGCCCAGAGCACUCUGCAGGCCGAGUGUGAACAGUAUCGUGCCAUCCUGGCUGAGACGGAGGGCAUGCUCAAGGACCUGCAGAAGAGUGUAGAGGAGGAGGAGCAGGUGUGGAAGGCCAGGGUGGGCGCGAAGGAGGAAGACCUGCAGAAGUCCCAGGUCACAGUGAAGCAUCUUGAAGACACUAUAGAGAAGCUCAAAGGAGAACUUGAAAGCUCGGACCAGGUGCGGAAGCACACCUUGCACCUGGAGGCAGAGCUGGAGAAGCACAUGGCUGCCGCCAGCGCCGAGUGCCAGACCUAUGCCAAGGAGGUGGCAGGGCUGAGGCAGCUGCUGUUAGAUUCUCAGUCUCAGCUAGAUGAAACGAAGAGCGAAGCCCAGAAGCAGAGCCAAGAGCUCGCCCUGGUCAGGCGGCAGUUGAGUGAGAUGAAGAGCCACGUAGCAGAUGGCGAUGUUGCUGGGUCCCCAGGAGUUCCCUCAGCCGAGCAAGAUACCAUGAAGCUACAGGCACAGCUGGAGCGGACGGAGCUCGCCCUGGAGGAGGAGCAGGCACUGCGGCAGAAGCUCAGAGUCGAGUUUCAGGAGGCACGGACCACGGCACGCCAGCUACAAGAAGAGUUGGAGACGCUGCGCGCCAGUGGCCCCCUGGCAUCUCCGGGCACUGAGGAGGUUGCACAGCUGAAGGAGAGACUAGAGAAAGAGAAGAAGUUAACAAGUGACCUGGGUCGUGCUGCCAACAAACUGCAGGAGCUUCUGAAGACCACCCAAGAGCAGCUGGCAGAGGAGAAGGACAAGGUGACGCAGCUGCAAGAACAGCUGGGGAAAGUGGAGGAUGGCAGUGGCCCGAAGGAGGGCACCUCCGUCUGAGCCUCCCAUGGAGAGAUGUUACUGUUCCUCUUACCAAAAUGCCUUACACAUUCCUCACGAAUAAACCAACGACACAGCGUUCCCAGGCCCAACUUCCAGAGGCUCCGAGAAAAGCCAUCGGAGAUGAUCAUCUUCCAGACCCUGCUGCACAAGAACCUGUCACGUUUGGAAAACACUAUUCCUGAAGCGGCCCGGCUGCCUCCACAGACGCCAGAGCGCCUGUGACCUGACACGGGCGCACGGGGAGGCCGGGACGCAGUCGGCGCCAGUCAGUGCAAUUGUCGCGUCUCUCCUCAGUGGGGUGGGGUCGGGAUGUGGCCAGACGGGGUGGGGAGUGGGAGGACCCUCAGAGGCUGGAGCCCAGUCCCUUGAGGCCGCAGCCCUCCCCCAAGUCACCAUGAGGAACUGUGGGUGACCUGGAUGUUGAUGCCAUUAAACCAACGUGUUGCCCGGCACUAAGUCUUGUGUCUCCUGUUGGGGCUGCCUAGGGGGCAGCCCAGUGCAGGUCUUGGUUUCUCACCAGGCAGAGGACCCAAGGCAUCCUCAUACUUGAGUGUCUCUGGCUCCCAUACCCUCCAGGAAGAUGGAAGCAGGGCCUGUGUGACACUGAGCCCCAACUUGGGUCCUGCAAGCAAGGCUAGGGUGGUCCAGGCGGGGGAGGGCAGGGAACACUGGGAGAGAACAGGGGUCACUAUCUUAUGCCAACAUUAGGAAGACUCAGGGCCAGGGCUCCUACUCCACCUCUGCUGGCUGCCUCACUGGCAGAAGGCAGCUCAGACUUUGCAACUUGGGUCACAGAGUGCUUGGUGGCUCAGACAGCUUGGUCCAGGGAGACACUGGCCCCUGAGGUGGUGCUGGAACAGAUCUGGGCACAGUGCCUGGUGUCCAGCAGGCGGUGCCCAGGAGCUGCUUGAGAUAACGGCCUAAGGGGCACCUGGGCUUGUGGGAGGUCAGGCUCUGGGUGGUGGGUGACUUGUGGGGGUGCUGUCACAGGCCCUUAGAAGCUUCAUGGUACAUGUGUCCCUGCCACCACCACAGCCUCUGUGCAUCUGGGGCCGUUGUGUAGUCACUGAGCUAGGUACCGGUGUGGGGAUACCUGGAGCAGCUCAAAGUUAAGGUGAGCUCACAGGAAGAGAAGGCACCUCAGGGUGGCAGGGGAGAAGACCACAUGAGGGCAAAGAGUCAUACCUGUCCCAGAACUCACUGGAGCAGGAACCAUAGGUUGUGAAACGUGGUCCUUAGAAGGAUAAGGCAACAGUGCUGGCUGUGGGCCUGACCCCUCUGGAGAUUAGUGACUCAGCUGGGAGCCACAGGGUAGGCUGUUGGGUAGGGAGGAACUUGUUUCCCAAGGGUGCAGGACCCAACAGAGACCCAAAGCUUGAGGACAUUUCUGGGGAAGGUAGGAUGCCAGAAGCAGGAUUCCUGCACACUGACUGUACCCAAGGUCUGGUCUGGGGGGUUGGGAGGGGACACCAGGGCUCCUCAAUCACCACCACAGGCCUGGAGUCUACACUGCAGCAGAAAGCUUGGCCAGUGCUGGGAAAGCCCGCUGGAGGAACAGGAGAUGAGGUCACCAAGAUGCUGGCUUUGGUAGAAGCAAUGCCCUGGGAGAGGGUGAUGUAGAGUCCCCCCGACAAGGCUGCUCCAGGCUUCCGAAGCAGGGCUCUGCUGGCCAUGGUCUGUGCUGCCCAGCAAUCCUGGAGCCCAGUGAGGCACCUCCUGGGCCAGCAGAGGGAGCCCAGGUUUGCCAGCCACACUGCUGGCCUCAACCCAGCUGGACCUGGCCUGGCACUAGCUAUGGCUGCUCAGGAAGACAAGGGGCUGCCACCUCACAGACUACUUGCAAAGAGCUGGCAGGUGUGCAUGCCAUGGCGCCUCUCAUCUUGCUCAUUGUGGUGUGGAUACCAUGGGGUCCACUCUAAGCUCCUCUUGCAAAACCCAUAGCCCUAGAGCCCUGGCUGUUGGCGGUCACUUGGAAUGAGGCCCAGCUCACUGCUGACUGAGUCACAGUGGCUUCCUGAGCCCAAGGUUGCUGGGUGGCUCCAGGGUGAGCAUCCUUUGGUCAUCUCCACGUGGCACUCACUGAAAUGCAUAGGACAGGACACUGGCCUGCAAGCGGCUCUCAGCCUGGGAGAGGACAGAGAUGCUAGCAAGGCUGUGGGCAACCACAGGUCAGACGAGGCUAUAGUGCCACCUGAUAACUCCUCUAGCUCCUUGCUGUUGUGCAGGCUAGUAGUUCCUCUUGUACCCCUGAAGUGCCACUCAUGGUACUGACCAAAGGCUGACCUCCAAAUUCCAGAUGUCAAAUUCAAACUCAAACCAUCCAGAGGUGGUGAGAAUGGCUCAGGAUCCAUCUUUGUCCAGUUCUGCCACUUGUAAGCCAAGUGACCUGAUCAGCCAGCUUCCUCUAACAGCCCCUCAUAGCCACUGUCACUGAGCCCAGCUCCUGCCUACCUAGGCCGCCCCCUCCCCACAAGGCAGAGGACACGUGUCCUGUCAGGACCAGGAAGGAACCACUGGAGAAUCCCUAGGGCUGUCACUCAGAGGUCCGCAUGUUCACACAGAUUCACACUGGCUCUACUGCUCUGCAGGGACAAGAAGGUAACCAGAUGACUCUUCUCCGGCUCCCGUUUCCAUAUAAUGUGCCAGCCUGUGAGGGAGUCAUGGUGCCCUGGAAGCGGGACAGACCUGGACCUUUUAGGUCCAAACCUCCAUGCUGUUCUGGUUACCAGGAGGGGAGCAAUAGUGCCUAGGCCCCAGCCCUAGCGUCCAUGGAGAGAGCUGAAAGUAACCUCCAGCACCCAUGCGCUUCUGUAGGAGAGAGUGUGGAGAUGCUGACUUUGUGUAAACUCCCUACGUGCUGCUCAGGAGCCCCCCAGCCAAGCGCCUGCACUCAGCCCACAGCGCCUCCUGCCUCCUAAGGGAUGUGGCCCGAGGUGGCAGGUGGGCCGCAGGGCAGCCCGGCCAGGACACUUCCCUAGGGCCUGUUUACAGGUCACGGAGCAGUGUUCAGUUCCAGAUGGGAAAAUGGCAAGCAGCCAGCACUUUUCCAGCCAGUUUUGAAAGAUAUUUUGAUGAAAGUGAGACCUUUUUUGCCUCCCAAAGCCUAGCCUUGGGUAAACAGUAAGAAGAAGGCUUUCAACUUUUACACCAGCUUCCUCUUUCAAUCAGAGGUGGAAGUUGAGUCACCUGUGAGAAACCCCAGAAUCUCCUUGUGGAAGGUAGAAUCUCUACCCCCAACUUACAUGUGAAUAAUGACACCAGACAGAAGUUAAAAAUGCUUCCUUUAUUACAUAAAGCCAGUAACUGCUACUUCUAUGAUCAACUGUGCAUUUCUCUUUUGUUCAAAUGUCAUGCCUGUGGCGUGAGGACAAUCACAUCAGCGUGUCAGUAGGCACCAGCUCCCCACUCCAUACAAGUGACAAACUGCUAUAGGAAACGUUCUCCCAGCCCUGGAAGAAACACUCAGUGUUCUUGCCAUCUUGUCACGCUGGGUGCCGCAGCUCUGAAGGAGACACAGGUGCGCGGUGUCCUAGCCUGCCUAGAUACUGCCGAUGAGCAUUUUCAUUAGAAAGCAGAGUAUAACGCCCAAGCCCUAAUUUGCAUUAGAAUUAAGACACCCCAUCUUCUGAAGCCACACCACAAUUCCCAAGAUACAAGGUGACAGCCUGCAGCCUGCAUGUGCGGGGACAGCUGUGCCACUCCAGGCAGGCUUUGCAUGAUCAGGGUCACAGCAGAUGUGACUUCGAGGCAGGCUCAGGUGCACGGCUGGGAGAGCUAAAGGCUGCCUGAGACUCACGGCUGCUAGUGGGUUAGUGUGGGUACGUGUUAGAGAGGACAUCCCAUUCUGCGUGGAUCAAGGAAGAAUAAUUCUGGGCCAAAAUUAUAA